GGGGGGAAGCUUCAAAGAGCUAUCAGGGUCUUGUCUGAAAAUGAGCAACAGACGAGGAAGAUCUGAAUGAGGCGGUAGAGCGGAGAGCUUUAUUUCUGGGCAAAAGCUUAGCAUAACUGCCCAUAUUACUACAUUUACCUACCAAAGGCUUGUUUCCCACCAUCCCACAGUUCAGUGCUAUCUUUGUAAGUGUGCCCAAGGAUGAAAAUGGAACAGCAACCCCCAAGCAAUCCACAAAGGCUGGAAUCCACAGGAACAGAAAAAGCCUUUAAUAUUCUCCAGGAUGCUCUAGAUUGCAAACGGGGCAUGGAGCGAGGAAAUCAAUGCCCAGAAGCCAUUCAGUCUGUAUGUAAUGGAGGAUGUACCACUAGGACAAUUCCUCAUCAAGUAAAAGAAGAACCAGAAAACUAUUUGGCCUCUCACUGGGAAGCCCAGUGGCAAGAGUUUCUGCAAACAGUGGAAUUUCCUUCCUCUGGGUUGAAAAUCCUUCAAUUGUCUGAAGCAUCUACACCUUGGAAUGACACUAAAGCUUUUUUAGUCUCCUUUGAGCAAGUGGCCAAAGCCUGUAAGUGGCCCAAGGAAGAUUGGGUGGCUCAACUCCUGCCAGCUUUCAGUGGAGAAGCUGAGAUGGCCUUCAAUGCCUUGGAAGGCAAAGACCGAGGAGAUUAUGGAAAGGUCAAGGCAGCCCUAUUGAGACGGGAUGCUGUCAGCAGAGAGAAAAGUCGCCAGCACUUCAGACGUUUCUGCUACUUGGAGGCCGAGGGUCCAAGGGCAGUUUAUGGCCAACUCCAAGAACUUUGUCAUCAAUGGCUGAAGGUUGAGAGACACACAAAGGAGCAGAUCUUAGAACUUCUGGUCCUGGAACAGUUCCUGAUGAUCCUGCCUCCAGAAAUCCAGAGCUGGUUGAAGCAGCAUGGCCCAGAAACUUGUGCUCAGGCUGUAAGUCUUGCUGAGGAUUUUCUGUAUAAACAGCAGGAGCCUGAAAAACAAGCAAACCAGGACACUUUUGAGAAAGUGGCUGUGAAUUUGUCUGAGGCAGAAUCGGCUGCAGCUGAUACUCAACAGAAGCAGCUCUACAAAGGAUCCAAGCAGGAAGAUGAGUUUGAGGCUGGCCCAUUUGCAGGUAAGGACGGGAUGACUAUACACGAGACAGGUGUGGCUGAAGAUCCCACAAAAGCAGGGCCCUGUGAGGUGUCCCUCUGGAAAGCAGAAGAGAUUGUUCCUCACUGUUGUAUGCAGGAAAAGCCUUCAACUAAUCAGAAGAGACUGGAAAGUCGAGAGAGCACCUUGGCAGGAGGUGAAGCUGAUGCACCUGUCCCUUAUGUGGGAGACUAUAAAGCUAUCAUUGUAGCCACAAUCCAGACAGGAAAUGACACUGGUAAGAAGCAAAAUGCCUCCCAAGCUUAUGGCAGAAAUUUGAAUCGGGGCUCCACAGUGGUUAAGAACCGUCAUACAGGAGGAAAAGGACAUAAGUGUUUGGUCUGUGGGAAAUUCUUUCUUUCUAGCUCCAAGCUCAUCAUUCACCAGAGGGCCCACACUGGGGAGAAGCCAUAUGAAUGUGCUGCUUGUGGCAAAACCUUCCAGUCCACUUCAGUACUUUACCGUCAUCAAAGAGUCCACACAGGAGAGAAGCCGCACAAAUGUCCUGUCUGCGGGAGAAGAUUCGGUACCGGUUCAAAUCUUAAUCGACAUCAGAAGAUCCACACUGGGGAGAAACCAUUUGAAUGCUCAGAUUGUGGGAAAAGCUUUAUUCAGAAGGGCGCCCUUAAUAAGCAUCAUAAAAUUCAUUCUGUACAAGGGGCAAGCCUUACUACAAUGUCAUGAGAGAGAACUAGGUAAAAAAACUGGAUUAUGAAAGGACACUUGGGGGAAAUUGGAGUACUCAAUUGAUGUGCCAGCCAUAAGAAUCUCUUUGGGCUUCUGAUGGCUUUGAUGAAGUGAAGGAUUGCAGAAAGAGAUGGAGGCUUCUAAAGCCACAACUGUCUGGCCUGGUACUGACAGAUUUUCAAUGAUUGAAUGUUUGGACUGGGAAAAUAUAGAAUUCUAGUAUCUUUGUCAUGACUUUCUGUACAUUCGCAAUUAGCUGCCUCAUUCCCAUAUGGAACAAGACCUUGUUCUGGAUGUGAAGCUCUAGAAAAGUCUUGGCAAACUUUUUCAGCACCAAGUGCCGAAAUGUGGUGAUGGUGAAGGGGGGGGGUUUGCCGGAAACUGGCCUAUGCACAUAAAGACCAGCUGGCCAGAGCGCAUGCAUAUGCCCAAAACCACAUCAUCUUCCCGGAGCAUGUAUACACACCGGGCGGCUGCUCUUCCAGUUUCAGCACCCCCACAUGCAUGAAGACCAGCUGGCCGACGCUCUGGAACCUGGAAGAGCAGCAGCCAACGGCGCAUGUGACUGGAGAGAUGGGUCUGUGUGCUACUUCCAGCAUGUGUGCCAUGUUUGCCAUCACGGCUCUAGGAUGUUCAUUAUUUAAGGAGGAACAUGGUUUUAAAUGGGUUGUUUCAUGAUGGUGCUGUGUUUAUACCAUAGGUAUAAAAAAUAAAAUAAUUCUAAAUAGAA